CCUCCCUGGCCAGUUGUGGAGAUGGAGAAAGAGUUUGAGCAGAUCGAAAAGGCCGGGAGCUGGGAGGACAUUUACCAGGACAUCGAACGUGAAGCCAGUGACUUCCCCUGUAGAGUGGCAAACCUUCCUAAGAACAGAAACCGAAACAGGUACCGAGAUGUCAGUCCCUUUGACCACAGUCAGAUUAAGCUACAGCAGGAGGAUAACGACUAUAUCAAUGCUAGUUUGAUAAAAAUGGAAGAAGCCUAGAGGAGUUACAUUCUCACCCAGGGCCCUUUACCUAAUACGUGUGGGCACUUCUGGGAGAUGGUGUGGGAGCAGAAAAGCAGGGUCAUGGUCAUGCUGAACCGAUUGAUGGAGAGAGGCUUAUUAAAAUGUGCCCAGUAUUGGCCACCAAAAGAAAAAACAGAGAUGAUCUUUGGGGACACAAAUUUGAAAUUAACAUUGAUCUCUGAAGACAUCAAGUCAUACUAUACAGUGCGACAGUUGGAGCUAGAGAACCUUGCGAAUCAAGAAACUCGAGAGAUCUUACAUUUCCACUAUACCACGUGGCCUGACUUUGGAGUCCCUGAAUCACCAGCCUCGUUCCUGAACUUUCUUUUCAAAGUUCGCGAGUCGGGGUCACUUAGUCCAGAGCCUGGCCCCAUAGUGGUGCACUGCAGUGCUGGCAUUGGAAGGUCGGGGACCUUCUGCCUGGCUGACACCUGCUUCUUACUGAUGGAAAAAAGGAAAGACCCUUCUUCCGUGGAUAUCAAGAAAGUGCUGCUGGAAAUGAGGAAGUUCCGGAUGGGACUGAUCCAGACAGCUGAACAGCUGCGCUUCUUCUACCUGGUCAUGAUCGAAGGUACCAAGUUCAUCAUGGGAGACUCUUCAGUGCAGGAACAGUGGAAGGAGCUGUCCCACGAGGACCUGGAGCCCCUACCCGGGCAUGUGCCCCCACCUUUCCAGAGGCCCAGGGAAAUCCUGGAGCCACACAAUGAGAAACGAAAGGAGUUCUCAAAACAUCAGCGGGUGAAGGAUGGGGCUGAGGCGGAUGAAGAUGGCCCUAUCAGUGAGGAAACUAAGACACCCUUGAGGCACCCCCACAGCAUGGACAGCAUGAGUCAAGUCACUGAAUUUAGAAGUCGGAAGCGUGGCAGAAGCCUGCGCUGGCAGGUGGCCCUCUCUGCUAAGAAGCAGCAGUCCAGGAAGAAGAAAGAGGAGCCAGCACUCGAGCUGACCAGCUGGAAGCUCUUCCUGGUCAAAAUGUGCGUGGCCUCAGUCGUCACUUUGGGUGCAUAUCUCUGGUACAGUUUUCUGUACGAUAGCAGCACCUAA